AUGGACGGUCAACGACAAUACAUCCCGGGACCACCACCCACCCAGCAUCCCAUCAACCUGCCUCCACCUCCUCCACGACACCCCCACCAACAUCAACCGGUACAGCUUCAGACCGGGGUGCCACCUCCUCCUCCUGGGCCCCCUCCAGGGACAGGAUACGGCGCACCCACUGGAUGGCAGCAAAACUGGGGUAGACAGGCGCUGCCUGCUGGCUUUCCCCCUCCGCCUCCUCCGCCGCUGCCACAAAACCAGCAUAUUGCAGCAUACCGUCCACUUGCUCCGCUAUCGAUCGUGCCCCCGCACGACAACCAACCACUCACUUCUGCAACGUAUAUACCCGGAAACGACACUAUCGGUGUCGGCAUCCCACCCUUGUUCGAGACAAACGGGCAAACAUAUGAUCCCUACACUCAGCAGCGGCAGCCAAGUAGCCAGACAUAUCAUCCUUGCAAUGAUGGAACCUACAACCCUCAGACUCCAGGGACCAGGGUUACCCCUCCGUUCGCACUUCACAACAAUGUUCAUGAGUUGGUGACCAACGACAAUUCGGCGCAAGCCUCGAUUUCCCAGAAUCCAGAUCUCACAAAGUCACCGAGUCACCGGCAUCAGACGAGCGGUGCAUCAUUAGGUGGAAUGUCACCUGGUGAGGCCGCCGUUCAAUGGCCGCUUGAUCGAGUACUUCUUUGGCUUGCGAGAAACGGAUUCUCCAAGGAUUGGCAAGAAACGUUCAAGUCCUUGGAACUGCAGGGUGCAGACUUUCUUGAGCUUGGUAUGGCAUCUGGUGGUCGUGGAAAUCUUGGGAAAAUUCACAAGGUUGUGUAUCCCCAGUUAGCCAAGGAAUGUGCCCGUAGCGGUACCGGAUGGGAUUCAACCCGGGAGAGAGAGGAGGGCCUGCGUAUGCGCAAGCUGAUCCGUCAGAUUCAUGAUAACGAAUCUGACUCUUCUAUUUCAACCCCCAUGCGCGGCGAGCCACCAGCUUGGGCUAGUACCUCGGCUGAAGGUGGGACUGGAUUCCAUUCAAGUCAAUUGACUGAGCCCCGUUCGGCUGGCCCGACGCCUGGGGUUAAUGAUAUUACUCCAGAACAAAUAGCAAGCGCUCAAAAUGCGGCUGCUGCUCAGAAACCUCCGCAAAUGCGUUCCGUUACCCUGCCAAUAUCCUCGGGUCAUGAUUCGCCUAUGUACGAGUCUCCAUCGCGUGAAUCUCCAUCGUGGCUACGCUCUGACUAUUCCAGAAGCGCUUUGGCGGCAACCAACGAUCAUAGACGACAGAGCCCGUCUAUUUCAAGCGAGAAUGGCAUGCUACCGCCGUCCUUGCGGGCUCAGGAUAGCCCGAAGAGUGGCAGUCCUGCUACCCAAUACGUGACCCCGGCGUACGGGGGCCUGACGUCUUCAUCGACCGGAGAUUUGACGUUGAAGUAUGAGCACUCUCGUGUGAACAGCACAGAAUCUAUUCCCGGGGCUGGCCGGGGUUCCGCUACGAUGGGUCGGUACUACGACAGCCGCAGACAAGGCCAAGAUAUCCCUCGGCCAUCGCCCCAGGAUAUAAGUAAGCCUUUCGGUGGAGAUGCAUCUUCUUCAUAUUCCAGGGAUCACGGGAAGAGCAUUUUGAAUAUCUUCACAAGGAAAAAGGGGCACAAGAACGACGUCUCAUGUCAUCCGUCUCCUGAGGAUCUGGAGUCUCCGCCCAGCCCCGAGCCUCGCGCAAACGGCUACCUUCCGUAUCAGCCUUCUUUCAAUUCAAGUGACAUGUCUCUAGGCGAGCGUCCUUCCUCGGCCACCACUGUCAAGACAAAGAAGUGGAUUUUCGCGACCAUGGACGGCGUCAACUAUCGCCUGAUUGAUGUCACUGAGUGGGACUCUGUGGAGGCUCUACGCACUGGAAUUUGCCAGAAGUUGGGGAUCUCAGAGUGGAGCAGUGCACAGAUCUUCCUCACUCAACCUGGACAGGCUGAGCACGAGGAUCCCAUGAGCGAUUCGAUCUUAGCAGCUAGCCGCAGGACCAAAUCCGACGCGUAUGGGUCUUUGAAGGUUUUUGUCAAGGGCGCACCUACCCAUCCUCCAGCGAACCAUCUUCCCCGGUUCGACGGCCUUGGGGUUUCGAUACCCACUGACAAAGCGGCCCAUUCACCAACAGCGACUCAUGCCCCCAUCCAUCGGAAACCGCUAGAGGAAGGAGCAUUGAAUAGACUAUCACCACAGUCUCAGACUAAGCCAAAUACCGAUCUUCUAGGCUCCCGACAGAAUACACUGAAGGCCUCAACGGGGAAAACAUUACCAGACGGUUCUCCAGACCCUAGCCAGACCCUGGAUGCCGAAAAGUCGGAUCUGCUUGCACGCCAUGAGGCACACAUGCGCGAAGUCGAGCGUAAACAAAAGGAGCACCGUAUUUCUCGUCUUCCACCGUCGAUGACACAGCAACCGCGGAAGGAUACCUACGGUGAGACAGGGUAUAGGCGUGAAGGUGUGAUCGAUUUCGAUUCACCGCGCCUUUCGCCGUACGAGGAGAAGAAGUCCGAAAAGGCUGACACCCUGGUCCCUCUUCGGAAACCACCAGUCGCACCCAUUGAGUCAAACACCCUCACCAAGGUCAAUUCAUUGAGAAAGGCUCCGGGUGAGCGAGCAGAUCGUCACCGACAUCAGCCCCAGUCUGCAGGGCAAACCCAUGGCCUUGGGGCAGUGCUAGCCAGCGUUGGUCGAAUGACCAGUGCCAUUGGCACUCCGUCUCCCUCAGUCCCGGUGCCUUCGACACCUUCUUCGAACAACCGAGACAGUGUCAGUUCCGACUCGGAUCGACCGAAUACAAUGGAUUCUGCUGCAACAGCUUCGAGCAGGACAACUCUAGGUAAGGCACACCAGCAAGCCUGCUAUUUCCAAACAACUAUCCACUUUGAUGCCAUCAGUGCUGACCCUGCGGCCAAUCUAGAUUCUGGAAAGACUGCCUCCAGUUUUGCCACAGAGCACGUUCAGCGGUCACCUUCCUCGUUUGCUUCUCGGUCUGCCACAAAUACUUCCUCUCCCCAGAGCGCGAUGUCACAGAAGCCGGCUUUGCAGUCUCGCAAAUCAUUCGGUCCCGAGUUUGACUUUGAAGAGUCCGAGGUGUCCUUCUUCCGCACCCCACAACAGCCUGCAGAACAACCUGAUUAUGACGAUUCUUCUGACGAUGGUCUCUUUGCAAUUCGACCUACACGAAAUGAGCCCAAGAAAGCCGCGCCCGAGCCUACAAAGAGACGGAAGCCUUCUCUCAGCCUAAAUACAGAUAAUGCCAAGCCGCGUCGAGUUGUCAGCUUCAUCUCUCCGAACAGUACUUCCGGGAAGAGCUUUGCCGCCCCGGCUGGAGAUGCCUCUGGUGGCGAUACUUCUGAGUCACCGGAGAAGUUUUCGGGCACCUUUUACGGAGCGGGUUCUUCGGACGACGAACAGCCCCCACGCAGGGAUUCGUUUGCCAAUGGAGAUGUCUGGGCUAGCAGACCUGCCGUGGAGGGCGUUAUCGAUAACCUGGACAGCUUCUUCCCGGAUGUCGACCUUGAUGCUCCUUACCUAGACGAGCCUCCGUCGCCUAAUAACAGCAAGGGCGAUCUUGAUAACGGGGCAACCAUCCGAGCCAAGCAAGAUGCUUCGCCUGCACCGCAGUCCGUCGUUGAUCUAAGCAGUUUCACCCCAGAUAUAUCGACAAUGCGUCCCCCGCCUCCCCCACAAGGCGCAUCGAUCGUUGCCAGGCGCAAUGUGGAUCGCAGUGGUGGCUUGUCACGGAAGAAGUCAAUUCGUGAAGUUGCUAGAGGUGCUGCGCACAGAACCAAGAGCAUUAGCUCCGCCGGGCCUCAACAAUCGAGCAACCUGCUCCGACGUAAGAGUACCAAGAUGUUCGGCGCAAAGAUCAUGCAAAUCAGCCCCAAGCGCGGCACCAGACUCAGCCAGCUCGACCCCAUCCCUCAAAAUGCCCCCGCUCCAGGACCGAGUGGGUCCGUACCGCAACGUCAGCCCACAUUCCGCAUCAUCCGUGGUCAACUCAUUGGCAAGGGAACUUACGGUCGUGUGUAUCUGGGCAUGAACGCAGACAAUGGUGAAGUCUUGGCGGUGAAGCAAGUUGAAAUCAACGCCAGGAUUGCAGGAACAGACCGAGAUCGUAUCAAGGAGAUGGUGGCUGCUUUGGACCAGGAGAUUGACACGAUGCAGCAUCUCGAGCACCCGAAUAUCGUACAGUACCUGGGUUGUGAGCGAGGAGAAUUGUCGAUUUCCAUUUACCUCGAGUACAUUUCUGGUGGUUCUGUUGGAAGCUGUCUUCGCAAACAUGGCAAAUUUGAAGAGAGUGUUGUGCGAUCUUUGACACGACAAACUCUUGAUGGUCUGGCCUAUCUGCACGACAUGGGCAUUCUCCACCGUGACUUGAAAGCGGAUAAUAUCUUGCUUGAUCUCGACGGUACUUGCAAGAUUUCGGACUUUGGUAUCUCCAAGAAAACCGACGAUAUCUAUGGCAACGACUCGACCAAUUCCAUGCAGGGCUCGGUCUUCUGGAUGGCACCGGAGGUUAUUCAGUCGCAGGGUCAGGGAUAUAGUGCCAAGGUCGACAUUUGGUCCCUUGGCUGCGUGGUAUUGGAGAUGUUUGCUGGCCGUCGCCCGUGGAGCAAGGAAGAAGCUAUUGGUGCUAUCUUCAAGCUGGGCAGUCUAAACCAAGCUCCGCCCAUUCCUGACGACGUGUCCCUGAAUAUCAGUCCUGCAGCGCUCGCCUUUAUGUACGACUGCUUCACUGUAGAUUCAUCCGAACGUCCCACUGCUGGCACUCUGCUCACCCGCCAUCCCUUCUGCGAGCCGGACCCCAAGUACAAUUUCCUAGAUACGGAGCUAUACGCCAAGAUCCGUCACGUUCUGUGA